CUACACUAGGAAGUGAAAAAAGUCGUAAACAUCGAUGCGAUAGCUCAGCGAGGGCGAGGAGUCAUUUUCAUGUGAUCCUACUACAGUAAUUGUUACAUAGUCUUCGUUAAUUUUUCACUUCUUGACUGAGACUUUGGACAAAAGUUAUACAUUUAAUUUCAUCAGGUCAAGGAGAUUAGACGUUUACUGUAUUCUUGAUUUCCACGAGAUCGCAAAGAUGAGCAAUUUAGAAAAACAACUCUUCAAUUUGAAGUUUGCAGCCAAGCAGAUGGACAGAUCAUCUAAGAAAUGUGAGAAAGAAGAGAAAGCCGAGAAGCUGAAAUUAAAAAAGGCUAUACAGAAGGGCAAUGUUGAUGGUGCCAAGAUACACGCUGAGAAUGCAAUCAGACAAAAGAACCAGGCCUUGAACUUUCUUAGGAUGUCUUCAAGAGUUGAUGCAGUAGCACAGAGGGUCCAGUCAGCCGUUACUAUGAAAAAGGUCACUUCAUCAAUGUCGGGGGUGGUCAAGUCUAUGGAUUCUGCAUUGAAGUCCAUGAAUCUUGAAAAGGUCAGUGCGUUGAUGGAGAAGUUUGAAAAGCAGUUUGAAGACCUCGAUGUGCAGACACAAGUUAUGGAUGAUUCUAUGGCUGGUAGUACAACUCUCAACACCCCUCAGGCUGAUGUAGAUAGUCUUAUGGCACAGGUAGCAGACGAACACGGAUUGGAGUUAAAUAUGGAACUUCCUUCUGGUCAGACAGCAAGUAUCGGUCAGUCGACAGCGGCAUCAGAACAAGAUGAAUUGUCAGCAAGGUUAGCGGAGCUCAGGAAAAUGUGAUGAUCGUACAGGAAAUUCAAGUCCAUUCCUGUGAAAUGUAAUUAUUUUGAGAAUCAUUCGAGACGCGACCAUCUUUCUAGAGAGAAUUAUGGGGAUUUGGUAAUAAGCAGAGUAAGUGAAGCCCGCUGCACACUUAAUGUUACGACUGCCACUUGUUUUUUGAGGAACAAGUUGCAUUUGCAGUACAGGUAAUUUUGGAUGUUUAAACAAUUAUCUAAUGUGAGGUUCUAUAAAAAUAUAUCAUAAACUGAAACAUAGCUUUGUUUGAGCUGCAAUCCUAAUUGUAUUGAGUAAUGACCAUCUUAACUUCAAAUAUCUAUAUCCAAUCAAAGAAAGUAUUGUGUUUGGAUUUAAAGAGAAAUUCCAGUAGUUGCAGUAAACACUGAUUUCAUGAGAAAGUCUCUAAAACAAGGCUUAAUUGUCAGUAUAUCAUCGAGGAUCUAGAUCUGGUACAGUUACAUAACUGAACUUUGUGAAAUCUUGAAAUCUACGCUGAAAAAUGUUCACACCGAAGAUCACCAACACAGAUAGGCACACGUGGGACAGUGUAUUAUUAUUGCUAAAAUAAAGACCCGACGGAAGUGACCGAAUCCGCACUUAUUUUGCUUAUUUCUCAGCAAUUACACAAUUUCUUCCAGAAUCCUUUGGCACAUAUUUUUUAUUCAUACAAACAGACACUUGGGUGGUCAUUAUAUUAGAUUCUGUAAAAAGUCAUUUUUAGAUCGUUACCAAAACUGGAAUUUAUCUUUAACUUUAAAUCAUAGCUGAUCACAGGUGGCUACUCAGACUAUCAAAGUAGAAAUUAACUUGAUUUAACUUGAUAAUAGCUCAUAUUAUUCAUGGAUCUUAACUUGGUAAAUUUGAAUGUUAUAUAUUUUUUUAACGUUUUUAUGUUUCAUAUUUAGUAAGUUGUAAGAAUUAAAUAAUCAGAUUGCAGACAGAUGGUUUAAUGUAUGAUGGGCUAUAGGAUUAUAUACAUGUAACUGAAAGCAGUAUCAUGUAUAAAAAUCAUCAUCCAUGAACUCUUUGCUUGUAUUAAAAAAGAUACAUGAUUUAAUUGGCUAUUAACCAUUUGACUACUGCAGAGCAUUGUAUGAAUCAUUAGUUGUUUCAGUGAUUUUUUGCUCUCGGCCAAUUGGAUUAAAUGAUUUCAAUAGCUUUUAACAAAAUUAUGAUUUCCCUCUCAAUAAUAAUUACCGGUAUGUGUAUGAACUGAAUAUGGAGAAGACCUGUUUGAAGUUAGCUAAGAAUGUCUCAAUCUACGUCUGAUAUGCACAGGAACUUUUAAGACAAUUUGUUCUCUUUAUAGUAGCCACCCAUUAUUAGGCAAUGGAGGUGUGUCAUAAAAUUAUGUGACGAGCCACCCCUACGAUAAACCAAUAAUAAGUCGCCUGGAAAUUUUUUCUUUUAACUCUUUGUGCGCUGGACCAUGAACCCAUCUGUACUGAAUUAUUUUCAGGGAGGGAAACAACGCAUUGUUUGUUGAGUGUGAAAUGCGAAGUUCGCACGGCACCGAGUGUGCAUUGGUGCGAAGUACGUGUGGAAAGGGUUAAUAUCCGAAAAAUAAUAAUUUAGUGUUAAAAAAGCAAAGAGUUAGCCUACCUGAAAGAGAAAUUCCUCUUUUUCAUUAUGUCAAAAGUUCAAGUUGUAAAGUUGAAUAGAAACAAAGACAGAAGGGUUUCUUUGACACAUUUUUAUUUUUUUCGGACUGCCUGGAAGUUACAUUGAAAUUGCACAGUGUGCACAUCUCAUGCUUGUUUUUUCCUUAAGUGAAUUUCAUCUACAUUUAAUCAAAUACUUGUAUGGAUUAUUGUUGAUCAAAUAUAUAUCAUGUUAAAGCUUAGAAUGUGCUUUUUCAAACUCAAUGUAAAUCUCAAAAUUCAUUUUGGGUGACUUAUUGUUGGUUUGUGAUGGCAGGUCACAUAAAGCCUCUUUUGAAGAAAUGAAUAUGAUAUCCCUUCCUGGAUAUCAUAAAAUGCACCAUGUAGACAAAAGACUGCUCCUGAAGAGUAUAGAAUGAACAUUUCCUUCGAAUUUCAGGUAGGCUCUAACCAUAGUUGCUUGAGUUUUUUAAUUUUUUUAAAACGUUCAUUUAGAGGAAUGAACAUAUAUAUUGUUAAAAUACAACAUAUUUUUGCGAUUUGUCUUUUCUAGAAUGCUUGUAAAUGUUUGUCUCAAUAACUCGGCUUUUUUGGAAAUUACAAAGAAAAUGUGAAGUUGCAAGUAUAGAAAACUAAAAUGCAAUGUCGUCUUUUUUAAUUUUGUGUUUCAGUAUUCUCAGGAGCAUAUUUUGGUGUACCAUGGUGAAAACGCUAACUGCAAAUUUUAACAUGAAUAGCUUCAUAGUGGUCCAGGGUAUUGAUAUUCAACUAGCUUUAUUCUCAGACCCCCAAUGAUCUGAUCCCAACAGAAUUUGGGCCGGGGGGGGGGGGAUAUGUUUUCAUUAUGUUCCAAUGAGACAUGGUUCCAAACACACAGAAAUGCAG